ACAAAAAACAGAGUAUAUCCUCUGUUUUAUUCAUUGAUCAAAACAGAGUCUUUAGAAAGAGCCAGAAGAAAAGAGAGAAAGAGAAAUGGGGAGACAACCAUGCUGUGACAAAGUAGGGUUGAAGAAAGGACCAUGGACUGCUGAAGAAGACAGGAAGCUCAUAAACUUCAUCCUCACCAAUGGACAAUGUUGCUGGAGAGCUGUUCCUAAGCUCGCUGGUCUUCUCAGGUGUGGCAAAAGUUGCAGACUUCGUUGGACAAAUUAUCUCCGACCAGACCUUAAGCGAGGUCUUCUCUCUGAUUACGAGGAGAAGAUGGUCAUUGACCUCCAUUCUCAGCUUGGCAACAGGUGGUCAAAGAUAGCUUCUCAUUUACCAGGAAGAACAGACAACGAAAUCAAGAACCAUUGGAACACUCACAUAAAGAAGAAGUUAAGGAAAAUGGGGAUAGAUCCUCUCACUCAUAAACCACUCUCCAUCGUUGAACAAGAAGAUGAAGAACCCGUAAAGAAGCUGGAGAAACCAAUCGAGCAGCCUCUCGGAGGACCAACUAGUUAUUGUCUUACCAAAGACAGCAACAACAGCAAGAACAUGUCCCUAAGUUACAAUGAUCAGCUCAUGGCGAUAAACCUUGAGUAUGGCGUAGAAGAAGUCCCUCUGAUUGAUCCAGAGUCUAUAGAGCUUAUCGGCAGCAACUCUGCAAUGUCUUCAUCCACAUGCACGUCUUCGAAUUCCUCUAAUGAUUCGAGUUUCUUAAAAGAUUUGCAGUUUCCGGAUUUCGAAUGGUCGGAUUAUGGUAAUGAUGAUAAUAAUAAUGGUGUGGACAACAUUAUAGAGAACAAUAUGAUGAGCGUAUGGGAUGUUGAUGGCUUUAGCAAUUGGGAUUUGCUGCUAAAUGAUGAUAUUCCUCAGAGUUCUUCCACUUUUGGGUUGUUUUGAAUUUAUACUCACUUUUGUAAAAUGGAAACUAUGAGGGGGAUAGAAAACCUCAAAUACCUCUUCUUUACUCUAAUAUUUGGGUGGGAAAUUUGAAAGAACGUUUAACGUGAGAGAUAAUUAGAAACA